ACCCCUCACACACACAAAAAAGUAUUGCUUUGUUCAACCCAUACAGGCAUAAAACGUGCAUUAGUGCCUAAAAGGAGGGAAUAGAACUACAGACCUUCUAAUUUAUGCAUUUCUUUCAAGGCCAUUGAACUUUUUGUUGGUAAGAAAUAGUAGUUUAACCGGGUGAGAGUGGUCUUAAUUGUCACUCUAGUAAAAGUCUUGGGUUUAAAUUGGCACAAUAAAAAAUAUAGGGUUGUUUUUGAAAAUUUCCGAAAUUUAAAAAACCAUAGCUAGAGACAUUAGUGAACGAAAGGUGUGAAUCGUGAUCUGAGGGUGCGAAUGCGAUGGAAGGUAGAAAGAGGAAAGGAUACGCAUGGGCGUUCUUAGCUGGGCUUACCGCUGCUCUUGCUGCCAUUUCCGCUAAGCUAUUCACCUCUCAGUUUGUUAAAUUUGGUCUUGUCAUAUUUUUCAAUGUGACAAUGUGGGGAUGCUAUGUGAACAGCCUCAAAGUUCUCUCAUCUCUCCAGGCUACAGUGACGAACUUUGCUACAAACUUCCUCUCUUCAGGUCUAGCUGGAUUUUUUUUGUUUGAAGAAGCGUUAUCGUUUAAGAAUCAUGAUGAUAAGUGUGGAAAAUGAUUCAAGGUAACCAAAAGAAAGUGAACAAAUGAACAAAGAUGUUUCUACACCAAGAUUGGUUUUUGAGAGCUGCUUAACUGCUCAGGAGAAUGGCAAGAAUGCCCGUGAGUUAUUUAUGCAGUUGCUGCAAAUCUGUGAUGUUCCUAUAUGACACACUCUCUUCCAUUAUUGAGAAUGGCCAGUUAUCUUCUGACCAAGUCUUAUAAGAUAAUAUGUUUUUACGCUAUUCUUUGCUACUCCAUUUAGGUUCUCUUGUAUUAUGUCCAGAAUGGAGCUUGAGAUGCUGGCUAGUAGAAAUAACUAUGGAAGGCAUAGGCAUUUGGUUUAGAGAGCUGCACUUUUGUGUAUUACAUAGAGCCUUUGAUAUGAGAUACUUUAUUAUGCUGUUGAUUGUGUGAAGCUUCCCAUGCAAGUUCUCAAACCAGUUAGCUGUCUUCUAUGUCUCCUAAAUAUUUUUUUCCCAUGUUUUCUCUGGAAUCCUAUGAUAAUUUACACUUUUUGUUUCUACUUUUGAUGUUUCUCUGGUUUCCUUGAGAUAGAGAAAGGCAUAAAAAAUUACUGUUUGUUUAAAUAUGAUAGUUAUCUUCAAAAUCUUAUCAAGAGGUAAUUAAUGUGUGAAUUAAGCUUAUUUUUGCUGAAACUGAAAACACUGUAGCAAAAUAAUUUUUAAAUGUGUGAAUAGUAUCGUGGGACCCAU